AUGGAGUCCUGCACCUUUGUUGAGACAGAUAUCCAUGGCUUCAAGGAGCUUGUGCAGAAACUUACUGGUCUUCCAGAGGGGACCAAGCUUCCUCUCACCAUCCCUGCAAGAAAUUCAAAGAAAGGUAGUCCAGUAGCAGGGACCAAAUCAGAUUUCAAGAUCCAGAAAAGAAACAAAGCUCAGAGAAAAUUAGAGAUUGAAUUGGGUCUAAGUGAUCCUCAUAACAGGUUAUUGUUUGAGUGUAAUGGUUAUGUUUCAUCAUCCCCUGUAAUGCUCAGUCCAGUCACUCCUCUUGAGCCUAAUCUGUUCACUUGUUACAGCCAGUCAUGCUCUUCCUGUGAGCAAUCCUCAUGUUUGAGAAAGGAAGAAAAAGAGAAGUUCAGUUUUGGGGAUUCACCAAAUUCUGUGAAAAGCAAGCCAAAGCUGCUUCCUCUGUUUCCCCUGCAUUCUGCAACACAACUCACCAACAGUUAA